AUGUAUAGGAAGUUGAAAGAAUUAGUGGAAAUCCAUGGGACCAAAAAAUGGACAAUGAUCGCAAAUAUACUUGAAGGACGAGAAGGAAAACAAUGUAGAGAGAGGUGGCUCAACCAUCUUCGUCCAAACAUCAAGAGAGAUGCUUGGACUGAAGAAGAAGAUCAAAUAUUGGUUGAUGCUCAUAAAGUUUCUGGUACCAAAUGGACUGAAAUCGCCAAACAACUCUCUGGACGAAGCGAAAAUGCUAUUAAGAAUCAUUGGAAUGCCACAAAGCGUCGGAUAAUAAAAACUAAGAAGAAUGGUGAAGAUGUAAUUCGGCCCCACAAUAACAUCCUCAAAAACUACCUAAAAGAUGCCUCAAUCAACAAGAAGCCUUCCAAACAAGCUGAAGUCUUUGGUUUAACCAAAAACACUAUGGAUGAUGAUGAAUGUGAGGGUGUUUAUGAUGAAGAGAGGAAUUUGAGUUUGAAUGUUACAACACAAAACACUAAAUCGAUGGUCGAUGAGUCUGUAACAUCAGUUUAUGUUCCAGAGCCAGCAACCUUUACAUGA